UUGGGUAUGGGCAUCGAGGGGCCUCUGGGAGACUGCUUGUGCACUAACCAGGCUGCAUGGGGUGAGGAGGGAGAGGGCACUCACGUGAGCAUGACUCUCGUAUGGGCCGGAGUUGGUACUUGCAUGGACCAUUUGAAAGGGAUGCAGGGACCCAGAAAGAGGCAAGGGUUCCUGAGAUGCCUGCAGCCCUGUCCCUGUGCCCCUUGGAGAGGCACCACGGAGCUGGAACAGGGAGCCACCAGUCACACGACCCGCUUCUUACCCAUCCUAGGUUUUCAUGGUUUUUGUUCCCACUUAUAUAGGUUUGACAUCUUACUGUCUAUCUUCUCACCAUGGCCUUUGCCUUAGAAUCCCUGUUUUCCUCCAGUCCCUUAGUUCUCAAUUUACUGCCUCGUUCUCUAAUUUCCCCUUCCUUUGGCUCCUCUCCCUCCCUGCAGACUAUGAACUCUGUGAGGUCAGGGAAUACCACGUUAAUGUAUCCUGCUUAGCUUGUGCUCUGAAUCGGUGUCGGAGCCAACUCGGGGCCUGAGCAGGCCCGUGGGCCGUGUUUGCCUGUUGAGUGAUCGUUCUCUUGCCUCCCAGGCUGGGGAUGGCUCUCUACUUCCAGCUGAACUGACUAUUAUGAUCAAAGUGGGAGCAUUUCAUGGCUACUUCCCACCACUUGGGCCUCAUCCCAGACUCCAGGUUUGGGGAGAGUUGGCUAUAAUUUUUUUACACAAAGAUUUCUGAUUAGCUAACUGGUCCCUGAAUAGCUAAUAAUGUCCACAGAUAUAAUUAGCACCUACCAGGGACGUUUCCUUUGAUAUGGGAGAGUACUGAGGAGUCCCUGUUCUGGGUGGCUCAUGGCCUGAAGGGGUGAAGAGAGGGUGUCACAACUGAUUCAAAGUGGAGUGUGGGAAUUCCUGAAACAGAAAGGAGCUUGGGCUUUUAUUUAACACUAUGUAAAUAACCAAAGCUAAGGGCAGGGUUAAGUUCCCUUGAACAUCAUGAAAACCGGAGUCCUCCGGUGUUCUUUAGAGACACACAUUAAGCUGUGAUAUCUUUAUGAAGUCAGAGUUGGAAGGACUUGGAGGUGUCAGGGUGGGACCAGAUCAUUUCCAGAUGUGUGGAUUUCUGGCUUUCCGGGGGACCGGAAGCAGCACACUCAGAGUCCAUCAUGUCCGCCUGGAGGAUGAGGAUAGAGAGCGGGUGACAUUUAGUGGAACAUGACAGUGCAUGUAGUGAGUCUCCCCAUCCCCCCCAAAUGCAUCCCAGACCCACUGCCCGUAGAGGGCUUUCAUCUAGUCAUGCCUUUCUGCAGUUUCUUAGGGUUCUCCAGUGUGAACAUUGGUUAUAAUAUGGCUUAGGACCUACUGUGGAAAGUUUGAGAAGGUAAGUGUUCUUUCCCAUUCAAAAUAAGUAAUGAAAUAAAACAACUACCUGUUGCUGAAUAUCUCUGUAACUUUUCUUGAAGCAUAACUUCCUUGUUUUCAUACAGAUCUGGUAGCUUAUUUUCUUAGACUUUCCCAAGCAGUUCAUCCCUAAAAGCCUAAACUGAACAUUAGAUCCAGGCUCAUGUUCAUGAGUAAGGAUUCAAAUUAUGUAGGGAGGACAUAAUUGAGGGUGUUUCGAAUUAGCUGCCAAGUCGUAGAAGUCCAAUUACUUUUGGCAUGGCAAUUUCCUCUAGAAACGAUUAGUUGGGAUUUGGUAUUCCCCAAAGUCAGAAGCUGCUGUUAAUAUGAGAGCAGCAAGAAAUGUUUCCAGAUGUUAUAUUUGAGUGUCAGGGAGUUGAUGGUCUAAGCCCUGAAGGACCCACUAUUUCUGAAUGGAUUGAAAGGGGAAGGAAAAAUGCUUAUAAGACAGGUGAGUUCCAGUGGGAGCACUGCAGGGGGCGCUAUGGAGUCUUAACUGCAGCCCCAACUCUAGUGUUGAGGCAUGGGAGAGGCUGGGAUCCCCUUUCUGGGCAGUCUUUGUUUGGGAGACUCCUGUCAGUGCCCUGAAGGCCCAGGCUUCUGCAUUCCUGUGGAGAAACCAUGGCUGGACCUUUACCCAGAAGUCUUACUUGAGUCCCUGCACUCUUACUGGGAUACACCCUUUCUCCCCAAACUCAAGACCAGAAUGAUAGCCACAGAAAUGAUUUACUGAACGUGGAAGGCCUCCCACAAAGUGCAGGCUCGUGGCUCCUGUUUGCUGUGUUUCUGCAAACUCUCACCGUGCCCCUGGUGGGGAGGUCAUGGGCAGGCCCACAAUGGCCAGGGGUGACUGACCCCCCAACCUCCCGAGUCACAGAGAAAGGUGAUUUGUCUUUCUCACCAGUUUCUCCUGCUUUUCUGCACCUGGCCCUUCAUAGCCGUCACUGCUCAUUUUGGGGGGUGAGUUGGGAGGGGGCGGAGGCCUGGGCACAGCUUGUGCGCCACACAACCUGCUAUGUGGUUAUGCUUCAUGCCUAGGGAUGCACUGUGUCUGGGGCCACGGAGGGGGUGGGAUGGCUGCUUGUUUCUGGUGCCAGUUAGGGGAGGACUGCAGAUGCUGAGCAGCAUUGGGGAGUCUGUUACGGACUCAGCCCACAGGUGCAUCUGCAGUCUGGGUGAUGGACUGUCACUAGGGAACUCAAAGUCCUGGCUUUUGCCGGGGUGGAUCUGUUUGUGGUUUGACAGUCCUGCUGUUGGUCUGUUGGCUGGCUUUCCACUACAGGUCCAUAGCCUUGUUUAGAGUUGGAGUUCAUUUGAGUCUCACUUCUCUGGUAACCCCAGGAAUAGAGUCCACCCCUGGGUCUAGACCCCUGGCAUUGGCCAGUUUAUUCUUUGUCUACUAUGGGUCUGUGCUCAUAAAACGUGCUUUUCUUUAGAGCCCAAGCUUUAGGAGAGGCCCCUGAGCUCCUAAGACCUAUAUAUCCCUGAGAGCUUUUCCCUCUUUGGCAUGAAUGGGGGUUUGCUGCGCUGGGGUGUCCCUCUCUGAGGCUGGGCCUAUCUGUGUGUGUGUCUCCCCCAUGCAUAAGCUUCCUGGGAGAUGAAAGUGGAGGGUGAAGCAAGGCCUCCUGUUCGGGUGGGGUGGCAAUGCCAGGGCUGUUGUCCUGGCAUGCUCAGGAGCCUGGCCCGUGGUCCGAAGCCUGUCUGUUGUUACGGGCCUGAUCAGGAUUCUAUUCAGCUCAUUGGUACCAUCCCUGUCCUGACUUGGCCAAGAGGCAGGCUCCCUUGAAGAAAGAUUUGCCCAGGUGCUGGGGCCAUGGCCACUGGAUGACCGACAGACAUGGAGCACCUUCUGCUCCAUCAUUGCUCAGCUAACAGAGGAGACCCAGCCGCUGUUCGAGACCACGCUCAAGUCCCGGGCUGUGUCCGAGGACAGCGACGUCAGGUUCACCUGCAUUGUCACAGGAUACCCAGAGCCAGAGGUGACGUGGUACAAGGACGACACAGAGCUGGACCGCUACUGUGGCUUGCCCAAAUACAAGAUCACUCAUCAAGGCAACCGGCACACGCUGCAGCUCUACAGGUGUCGAGAAGAAGAUGCCGCCAUCUACCAGGCCUCUGCCCAAAACACUAAGGGCAUUGUGUCCUGCUCAGGGGUCUUGGAGGUGGGCACCAUGACCGAGUACAGGAUCCACCAGCGCUGGUUCGCCAAGCUCAAGCACAAGGCUGCAGCAAAGAUGCGCGAGAUUGAGCAGAGCUGGAGACAUGGGAAGGAAGUGGUGGGUGAGGCCGACACCCUACGCAAGCUCAGCCCUGACCGCUUCCAGCGAAAGCGGCGGCUGAGUGGGGCCGAGGUUCCAGUCACCGCCAGCCCUCCCAGGAGGGCUGAGGACAAGACCCCGGCAGCUUGGCAGGAGGGAGAGGCUGAGCCUGGUCAGCUCCCUGGCUUGGGCCUGAUCAACAGCUUUGCCUCCGGAGAAGUGACCACCAAUGGGGAGGCCGCGCCUGAGAAUGGAGAGGACGGGGAGCAUGGCCUGUUGACAUACAUCUGUGGGGCCGUGGAGCUGCGGCCUCAGAGAGCCCCCAGAAAGGAGUCUGGGGCCAAGAAGAAAAAGAAAGAUGAGGGACCUAAGCAAGGUCUGCCGAAGCCAGAGUCAGAGAAGGCCGCUCAGAGCCACCAUUCUUCUGGAAACCGUGUCCCCAGUUCAGACAAGCCCGACUCCUGUGGGACACAGGGGCCCAUGGACGUGGAGCAGGCUCAGACCCAGCCCAGAGGCGGGCCUGCACGGGGGCCCAGGUCCUCCAGAGUCGACAGCACCAGAAAGCCAGCCUCUGCUGUGGGCACUCAAGACCAGGCCCGCAGUGCCCGGGGCCCUGUCCCAGGCCCAGACCAGGAAGAGUCUUUUUCCCCGAAGGACAUGUAUCUGGAGAGUACCGGGGCAGUCAGGCCUCAGGAGGAGGACAGGUCCCGCUCCUCAAGUGGCAGGGUGCCUGGAGGAACGCCCUCGGGGAAGAUACCCAGAGGGGCUGGAGGUGAGAGGGGGCCUGCCACCCCUGGCCAGCCCACACCCUUGGUUCCCCAGCCGACUGGGCCUUUCAACAGGAAGAGAUUUGCCCCUCCGAAGCCCAAAGGGGAGCCCACCACCAAUAGCAAGCCUGAUUCUUCCCCAAGCCAAGCUCCAGAACCUGGGGCCCAGAACGUAGGGAAGGCGCCAGUGCAGGCCUCUGCCCAAGUGCCCACACCCCCUGCCCGGCGGAGACACAGCACCCGGGACAGCCCCCUACAGGAACGAGCCGGCCACAGGACUCCUGGAGAGGUCCCAGAGUCCCAGGCAACCGUGGCUCCUACCACGUCAGCCAACAACAGUUCCGAGGUGGGCUCUGCUGGCUGCAGCAUGUCAGGAGGUCAGGGCGCCACUGAGCCCAUGGAUACAGAAAGCCAGGAGGACAGGAGGACGCUGGCUGACCGGGAAGCUGGGGGCAGGAGGCGCACAGAGGCCGAUGGGAAGGUGCAGGCGGAUGGGAGGACGCUGGGGGACAGAGUGCGAACCGCGCGGAGGACGCAGGCAGACAGGGGGACACACGAGGGCACUGUGACACGAGGAAGCGAGAGGCCAGAGUCAGGCGGGAGCUCCCAGCAGGGUGCGGCGGUGCCGGCAGGAGCUGGAGCACCGGCGGGAAGGACACGGCGCGGUAGAGGGAAUCCGGACCGCGAGGGGACUCAGUCGGCGGGGAGCUCGCCCACAGCCUUAGAAGGUCCGCCGGAGAAGUCCGCGCCCAGCCACCGCCCACCGUCCGGAGCGCCCGGACGCCCGCCUGCCGAGGGUCCUAGGUCCCCGCAGAUCACGGAGCGUCCUGAGCGGGCCCCACAAGGGCCGCCUGCCCCCGAGGAGCGUGGUCCCGUGCCCGGGUCUGAGAGGGCCGCCCCCGGGCGCUGUGAGGAAGCCUCCCCGGGUCCCCCGGCAGGGAGCCUCACGCUCGCGGCACAGCGGCCUCCUGAGGGGAGUUUGGAAAAGAUGGGCGGAGAGAGACGUCGGGGGCUAGAGCCGUCAGGUCCAGGCGGGGACAAGCCAGAGGGCGGCCCGUUCCAGCGCCCGAGGGAGGAGCGGCCGGCGGCAGUGCCGUCUGCGGAUCUGGGCGGCUGCCCUCCGGCCGGCCUGCGCCCAGAGGCGCCCACCCUGCCCUCUUCUCCUGGGACUGGCCUGACCCACAGCUCACGGGAGGGGCCGCCCAGCCCUCCGACUGCUCAGCGCCGGAGCGCGGCCGCCUUCCUGCCCCCUGGGGACCAGGCCUUGCCGAGUGCUGCCAGGCCCCUGCCCCUGGGGCCUGGGACCCACCCCCAGCAUCACCCGCCGGAAAGCAUGGCCGCCAGCAGUGAGGGCGCCUGUGCCGAGGUGCCGGGCGUGGAAGGGAGGAUCCCAGGGCCCCGGAGCUGUGACCCCGGCCUCAUCGAUUCCCUGAAGAACUACUUGCUUCUGCUGCUGAAGCUAUCCAGCCCGGAUUCCCAGGAGGAAGCUGCCACCGGCGGUCUGGCCCCCUCGCCCACUCUGCUCCCCUCCGUGGAAGUGGCUGGGCUGAGUCCCCGGACGUCGAGGCGCAUCCUGGAGCACGUGGAGAACGACCACCUGGUGCGGAGCGCGCAGACCCUGCUGCUGAGCCCCUGCACCUCCCGCCGCCUCACAGGUCUCCUGGACAGGGAGGUGCAGGCCGGCCGCCAGGCCCUGGCUGCUGCCCGGGCCCCCGGCCCCAGUGCCCUCACUGUCCCUGCCAUAGUGGUGGGUGAGGAGGAAGGCCCUGGGCUGCCCUCAGAAGCGUCCAGUGAGGGUGAGGGUGAGGGCUCCUUUGGGGCGCCUGGCCUCCUGGGGGCCUCCCAGGAGAGCAGCAUGGGUGGCCCGCUGCUGGAGGAGGGUGGGCAGGCAGCCUCCGGUCAGGGAGUCCUCUCAACGGAGAGCGGAGCCCAGGAGCCCUUUCAAGGGGACGAGCCCCCAGGGGAGGCUCUGGCAGGUCUCCCCGCAGCUACACCCGAGGAACUGGCCCUGGGAGCCCGGAGGAAGAGAUUUCUCCCUAAGGUCAGAGCGGCGGGAGACGGAGAGGCAACCAAGCCUGAAGAAAGGGAGAGCCCCACAGUUUCCCCCCGGGGGCCCAGGAAGGGCCUUGCCCCUGGGUCCCCUGGGACUCUGGCGCGGGAGAAGCGCUCCCCUCCCCAGGGCAGAAAGGCAGGCACGCUGGAGGUGCCGCGGGCAGAGGAGGAGCCUGCGCUGGGAGACCCCCCGGGCUCCAGCCCCAGAGCUGGCGGUCUGGACGCAGAGCAAGCCCUGGGUGAAGGCAGGCAGGAGGCCCCCAACCAGCCGAGGAAAGCUGAAGCCCUGCUGAAAGCCCCCCAGGUAAUCCGGAAGAUUCGGGUGGAGCAGUUUCCGGAUGCCUCGGGCAGCCUGAAGCUCUGGUGCCAGUUUUUCAACAUUGUUAGUAACUCAGUCUUGACCUGGGCCAAGGAUCAGCGCCCAGUGGGCGAGGUGGGCAGAAGUGCAGGGGACGAGGGGCCAGCGGCCUUGGCCAUCGUGCAGGCGUCGCCCGUGGACUGCGGUGUGUAUCGAUGCACCAUCCAGAAUGAGCAUGGCUCGGCAUCCACUGACUUCUGCCUCAGCCCCGAAGUGUUGUCAGGAUUCAUCUCCAGGGAAGAAGGUGAAGUUGGAGAAGAGAUUGAGAUGACCCCCAUGGUGUUUGCUAAGGGUCUGGCUGACUCUGGAUGCUGGGGGGACAAGCUCUUUGGGCGUCUGGUGAGCGAGGAGCUGCGAGGGGGUGCACAGGGGUACGGCCUUCGGAAGGCCUCCCGGGCCAAGGUCAUCUACGGACUGGAACCCAUCUUCGAGUCGGGCCGCACGUGCAUCAUCAAGGUGACCAGCCUGCUUGUGUUUGGACCCAGCAGUGAGGCUUCGCUCCUGGGCAGGAACUAUGAUGUCACCAUUCAGGGGUGUAAGAUCCAGAACAUGAGCCGGGAGUACUGCAGGAUCUUCGCAGCGGAGGCCCAGGUCCUGCCUGGCUUUGGGGAGGUGCCUGAGAUCAUCCCACUGUACCUGAUCUACCGGCCCGCCAACAACAUCCCGUACGCUACCCUGGAGGAGGAUCUGGGCAAGCCCCUGGAGUCGUUCUGCUCCCGGGAGGGGGGCGGCGCUGCAGCUCCGGCAGCAUCUAGCAGUCCGGAGGCCGCGCAGAAGUGCCGGACCUUCCAGCACUGGCUCUAUCUGUGGACGAAUGGCAGCUUCCUCGUCACAGAUCUGGCAGGGGUUGACUGGAAGAUGACCGACGUGCAGAUUGCUACCAAACUGCGAGGAUACCAAGGCCUCAAGGAGAGCUGCUCCCCUGCCCUGCUGGACCAGUUUGCUUCCUCCCACCAGUGCAACAGCUUCUGUGAGAUGCUGGGGCUAAAACCCCUCAAGGGCCUGGAGGCUGCCCACCCCCCAGCCAAGGCCAAAGGCUCCAAGAGUCCAUCUGCCGGCAGGAAGGGCUCCCAGCUGAGUCCUCAGCCCCAGAAGAAAGGCCUCCCCAGUCCCCAGGGCACCCGGAAGAGUGCCCCAAGCUCCAAGGCCACCCCUCAGGCCUCAGAGGCCAUCGCCAACCAAUUACUGGGACAGCCUCCCAUUCAAGAGGGGGCCUUCAAGGCCCAGGGCAUGCGGUAGCCUGCACAGGAGGCUGGGGGCCUCCACUCAGCAGCAGACCAGCAAGGAAGCAGCUUGAACCGAUGGAGACCUCCCCAGUAAGGGACUGACGGGAGACAGUGCGCGGAGGAGGCUCCCCCUGGGGGCCCCUCUGAGCAGCCUCUCUCCAGCCAGCUGCUCAUCGAAUGGCUCUGGCGCGUGGCAGACAGCCCAGUGGCCUCUCCCGGCGCCAUCAUCACUCGGGGCUCCCAGGCCCCACCUCUGAGUGCCAGGCCACUCCUUGAAGUUUACACUGGCCACUGCUGGAGGCUCCCCCGAGUCCUCUGCAUGAGUUCUCCAACCCCUCGCCCCAGUCAGACCCUGCCGUGAAUGUUGUACUCUGGGGGCAUGCAGGCCAGCAUUUACCCUCUUCCCUCGCUUGGCCCUGAUCCCGCCCUGUGCUUGGGGCUCCAGGCUUCCUCUGCUGUGUCUGGCCGCGUGGCUCUCAGGGUGUCUUCUCCUUCCAGCUGCUUUGCCUCAGUCAUGCCAGCUUCCCCUGUGACUAACCUGUCCCUGAGCCCAGAGGGGGCUCAGGGCCUUUCCAGAGCCCGUUAUUUGUGCAGUGGUCUUCAGUGACGUGUGCUCGUGCUCCUCCUGCCCCCAUAACUCAGGUACUCACCUGCUUCCCAUGCUCCCUUGCGCCCUGUGCCCACUCCUGGCUUUGAACCCAAGUGCAGCUUGCUGCCUGCCCUUCACUGACUCUCUGCUUGUCCCCUUGCCCAAAGGCUUCCCUAACCUGAUUCUGUACCUGCCCACCAGUGCCCAGCUGAGAAGCAGACCCCUGGCUCUCAAUCCUCCCCUACUUCUCCCAGGCCCUCUGCCCAUGAGGUGAGAGCUGGCAUGAGGGUUGUGUCAGCCGCUGCAGCCAGAGGGAAGGUGUUGACUUUGAGGGACCUUGUACUCCAGACUGAAGAGGUGGGGUCACACUGAAUUUUGCAUCCCCUCUUGACCAGGGAUGAAGGGCUGGGAGAGAGGGCCCGGGAGUUCUUGGAGGGAUGUAACCCACCCACGUGCUGGGGUGGAGGGGUGUCUUUGAGCCUGGGAAUUAGGACACUUGCUCAUAGCCUUAGCUUUUGAUCCUGGGGCUCCAGCUCUGGGGCCUCGUAUAUGGGCUCCCAAGAAAUUACUGUGCUCAGCCCAGCACUCGGUCAUUCCUGAGAGCCCGUCCUUGAGGCCUGGGGCUGCUCUGCUCCCUGUGGACUAUAAUAAAGGCAGUGACUGUGUAUCCUGCUUGCCCUCAUCUGAUGUGCUUGUAGGUAUCUAGGGUCAGGAUCCCCUCUCACCAGGCAGGCUCUCUGGGGCGUCUUGCAGCCCCUGGAAAAAUGUAUCCGUCCUGGACUGACAUUCAAUGUCAGCCUUCUGUGGCCACAGCUAGACAGUCAGUGCUUCUGGUAUAACUGAGGGCUGAUGGCUUGUGCCCCUUGGCGGUGUGUCUGGGAACUUAGGCCUUUGAAAUUGCUCCUUCACUUGGAAAAGGAAUAUAAAGCAGGGAGUCCAGGGAGGAAGAGAAGAGCCGGGGGCUCUGGGGACACGCUGUGUCUCCAGCUGUGUUCGCUGCAGCAUGAGUGGCCCAGGGGUGACCAGUAUCUGCCUCUCAGCUGCUCACUGGCCUUUUCCUGCUUCCCAGGCUGCAGAGGCUCCUCAUUCCCGACCCCGGCCACCACCUGGCCUUUCCUUGCCUGACAUUGACCCCCUCCAUUUUGACAUUUCUGACUUUUCUACCUCCUCUUGUGCUCAGGUGACUUUACUCCCUUUGUCCUCUCGCCCCAGUGUGCCCCCACCUCUCGCAGCCUGCGUAUCCAGCUUGCAUGGUGAACUGAGAGCUGGAGUAUCGUUCAUUCAUUCAUUCGUCCAUUCACUCAGCAGACAUACACCGAAACUGAGCACCUUUAUGCCAAACGCUGAGCUGAGUCAAAAGACCCUCUUUCCAUCGGGUUUCUUGGGUGUUGAGCAGUAGAUGUGGACUCAGACCAACUUAAGCAAGGAAAAAAGGUUCCUGGGAAGGGUGAUGGCUAGCCCACAGAACCGAAGGAACAGCGGACCACUGGCCUUGAGCGGGGAGGGCAAGAGCCAGCGUGGCCAGAGAGCCUGCCUGCAAGGGGCUGCCGACGUCGGCCUGUCGGCACCAACUGGCCGUCGGCUCCCGUGGGUCUCCCUCCACUCAAGAUUCAGAUUCCCCCCUAGAGCUCAGAGCAUCACAGAGCAGGAGAGAGGCCAUUCUCCGAAGGAUGGGGAUUCUUACCGGAAGGAUGGUGCCAAGAGGGAGGGUAGAAAGGGCUUUGUAGGCACAGAAGAUACCCUUACACAUGCACGCACACUCACACACAUGUUGUCCUUCCCACAUACAACCCAAAGCAAAUCCCUCUCUGCUUGGGGAGACCACCGAAGGCCACAUCCAAUGGCUAAGUCGGGGUGAUGGACGGGGCUACUGUCCCCCAAAGUCCAUUGCCACUAGGGAUACUCUUCCCUCCUUCACCACAAGCCCAUGUUGAAAUUCUGCAACCUGUAGGUAACUGGUAUGGGCAGAGGCUGCAGUCCACUUCUACAACUGUCACGAGGACUAGCGUUUCGACUAGGGGGUUGCCUGUUGGAGUGAAGCCAUCCUUCAGCUCCAAGGUCCCACUCCCCUCACUCUAUUCCUGUGGCUUUAAGAAGAGAGGAAUUUGUCCUGACCAUGGGCCCUUCUUCCGGAGUUAGAUUUGCUUUCCUUACGCGUCAUGUCUCUCCUACCAUCAGUACCCACAGACUUACCAAGUGUGAUAAACAUAACCAUAGUAUCCCCAUAUCUGCAUCCAAUCAAAGAACACACGUUACAGAAAAAGCAAAGUAAUGAGUAGAGGCCUAAGGCAUUCACCCACUUCGCCAGGACCCCCCAGUCCGGGAGCGGUCAGCCUGAUGGUGUAGUGAAACCCCACCUACUGGUAGGGUGCUCUGGCCGUGCCUGACUGGGCGGGCUGGUCAGACAGCCCAUGUUCACGAGGGGCAGCGUGAGCCCCUGGUGCGCUGUGGCUAAGCAUUCGGGCUCUCCCAGAGCCCUGUGGCAAACCAGAGGGCUGUGUCUCAGAAGGGUAAUAGUUACUUGUCACAAGCUCCAUAUGGCACUCUGCUCUGCCAGGGCUCCACACGGCUCCCCAGCACCAUUGCAUCUGCCAAGUCGUGUGACCUUUGGGGCAGGACCAAAGGGUUUCUCAGCUGGUGAGCCAUUCUUGCUCCAAAGCUGGUGGCCCUCUAGGACAGUCAGUAAACGGGUUGGAGCAAGAUGUCCCAAAGCGAUCAUUUUGCCUGGAAUUGGGCCUUAGUGGUAAGAAGUUCCCGGUGCAGUAAUUUGUUCCACAUUGUGGAGGAAAUCAUUCUGAUCUCAGUGGACCCCUGAGCCCUCAGGAACUUUAUCCAGGGGACAGACCUUUGCAUUUUCACAUGAUUUAUCUCCUGUCUCUGACUCCUGUAUGUCUUACCAAGGCAUCUAGGGAAACUGCCAAUCUCCAGGCCCUAAUCGGCCUGAGGCCACAGUCUGGUGGAACACUGUGCUGGUCAGGUGGUGGCCCAGAGCUGGACAUUGCAUGUCUUUAAGCCAGAGCAGCAGUGCUGUAGUGCUGCCCUGCCGGUGAAGGUGAAUUGCUUCUGAUGUUCUUCAUUCAACAAAACAGAGAAAAAAUGAAUUCACUGCAUCAAAGGAUUCAUACCAGAUGAAUUUACUUUGGCAAGAAGACCAUCUCUGGAACUAUGCCUGCGGUUGGAGACAUCACUUUUUAACGUUUACAACAAUCUGAAGACCUCAUGGUGGUCUGUCCUGCCAAGCUGAGCUGUGGUAGGACAUUGAGAAUGAAUUCACUAUGAAUUCAUUCUCAAUCCUUGAUAACGCUGAUUUCUACGAUUCUCCCCAGGGAUAUGGCAUUACGUUUGCUUUACCAUUUUGGUAGGGAGAGAAAGUUCUAAUGGCUUGUGCUUGUCCUAUCCUACCAUAUUCAUUCUUACCUGCAACUCAGCCAUUGUGGGGAUUGUGCUUGUUUCAAAAUACAUGCAUCUCAACUCUACACUCAAAAUAACCCCAGGUUGGUUUUGAGAUUCCACUGGGUCUACUGUGGCACAACAUUUGGUCUAUUAAUCGUCCCCUUUGAUUGGUAGACCACAUGCUUUUUCUAUUGUCCCCAGAUAUUAGCUUGGAGCCAGUGUCCUACAGAGCUCCUUUCCCCAAGUGGACAUAUUUUCCCUUUCCUUUUAUAGUUCCUAGAUAGGUGGACACAGACCCCAUUGGGGAAGACUGCGUGGAAGGGUCACUAUGAAUCUAAGUGUUAAAACGAGGUUUUCCUUCAAAUAUAAUUGACUCUCCAUUGAAGGUCUGGAAAUUAAAUAGGAGGUUUUGACUCUCGGCAGCUUGAGAAGGGCCCGUUUGCCCAACCGAAGUCUUUAGUCACGAUAAUAACUAGGUAAUAUCUUAGGGGCUGUCUGGCCCCUUUCAUUUCUGGGACCCAGUGAUUGAUUAACCACAGCCAGAAGUCUAGCUUCCAUUCCUGUGUCCCUCAUGAUGACUUCCUCUACUCUGUUCCUUCUGUGUCUCUCUGCUGCUGAGGUCAGGGAGCUCAUCUUCAUAGCAGCUCUUCAAACCAGCAUUCCAGGCCCGUAGAGGAGCCCCAGCAGAGCCUCGCCAGUUUAUUUCUCGUGGUGAAAAGUGAGACCAUCUUCCGGGGCCUGUCAGACAGUGAGAGGGUGGGUGGGCUGGAUGCAUGCCAGGGACCCAAUAAAGCAUUCUUGUCUCUUGAAA